GGUGAGCGCCGGGCGGCGGUGCAGAGCUACUGGAGCGCCCGGCGGCUCCGGGCGGUGGACGAAGAAGGAGGCCCCGGCCCCUGCCCGUCCCGUGCCCCCACGGCCCCGCGGCCCCAAGCGCCCCCGGCCCCGGCCCCGUCCGCCGCCGCCAUGGCCCGGCCGCUGGUGCCCAGCUCACAGAAGGCCCUGCUUCUGGAGCUCAAGGGGCUGCAGGAGGAGCCGGUGGAGGGCUUCCGGGUGACCCUGGUGGACGAGGGCGACCUGUACAACUGGGAGGUGGCCAUCUUCGGGCCCCCCAACACCUACUACGAGGGCGGCUACUUCAAGGCGCGCCUCAAGUUCCCCAUUGACUACCCCUACUCUCCGCCGGCCUUUCGCUUCCUGACCAAGAUGUGGCACCCCAACAUCUACGAGACUGGGGACGUGUGCAUCUCCAUCCUCCACCCCCCCGUCGAUGACCCCCAGAGCGGGGAGCUGCCCUCGGAGCGGUGGAACCCCACGCAGAACGUCAGGACCAUCCUCCUGAGCGUCAUCUCCCUCCUCAACGAGCCCAACACCUUCUCACCGGCCAACGUGGACGCUUCCGUGAUGUACAGGAAGUGGAAAGAAAGCAAAGGCAAGGACCGCGAGUACACGGACAUCAUCCGGAAGCAGGUCCUGGGGACCAAGGUGGACGCGGAGCGGGACGGCGUGAAGGUGCCCACCACGCUGGCCGAGUACUGUGUGAAGACCAAGGCCCCAGCGCCUGACGAGGGCUCGGACCUCUUCUACGACGACUACUACGAGGAUGCCGAGGCCGAGGCCGAGGCCGACAGCUGCUUCGGGGACGAGGACGACUCGGGCACCGAGGAGUCCUGACCCCGCGUUUCCGCAAAUAAACUGACAGAUUUUACCUCAGCCGCCCACUCUCUGCCGCCGCCACUACCUCCGGACACUGCGUCCGCCCUGUCCCCUCCGCCUCCGGGGAGGCCGCUGCGCUCGCGGCCCCGCCUGGGCCGGACGCCGCUCGGGGACCCUGGCCCGCCCGCCCCACCCACCAGCUGGAGCCAGAGACUCGGGGUCCCGGCUUGAGAGCGGACAGAUUGACUCGGGGUCACCUCUUCUCUCUGCUUGCGGUUGUUUGGAAUCUAAAUAAAGCGACUUUAUGAGAAGCCCGAGGACCAACCUCUCCUUGGCCGCGAGGCCAACGGGGCCCAGGCGGGGACGCAGGCCCUGGUGCCAUGCAUGUGACCCGAGACAGGCAGGCGGCAGCCGCCCCUCCGAACCUGGAAGCUCCCCAGGGGUCUCCUGUCAGGUUUGCUGAUUUGGGGGGAGGGGCCGCAGAGACCGGGGUCUGGCCAGGCGG